AUGGAGGAAAGUGAGUUGUGUAAUUGGAGUAUAAUUCGAUCCAUAUUGGCCAUUCUUCAAUGGUGGAGUUUCAAUGUCACUGUUAUAAUCAUGAACAAAUGGAUCUUUCAGAAAUUGGAUUUCAAGUAUCCUUUAUCAGUCUCGUGUAUACACUUCAUAUGCUCAGCAAUCGGCGCAUACCUGGUAAUUAAAGUGCUGAAACUUAAGCCGCUUAUUCCAGUUGAAACUGAAGAUCAUUGGAGGAGGAUUUUUCCCAUGUCGUUUGUAUUUUGUAUCAACAUAGUUUUGGGGAAUGUGAGCCUGCGUUAUAUACCUGUUUCUUUUAUGCAAACCAUAAAGUCGUUUACCCCGGCAACAACUGUUAUCUUGCAGUGGCUAGUCUGGAGAAAGCACUUCGACUGGCGAAUUUGGGCUUCUUUGAUUCCUAUUGUCGGAGGGAUUCUCCUCACUUCUAUGACAGAGCUUAGUUUUAAUACAUUUGGGUUUUGUGCUGCUUUAUUCGGCUGCCUUGCUACUUCGACCAAGACCAUCCUUGCAGAGUCUCUACUACAUGGUUACAAAUUUGAUAGCAUAAACACGGUCUAUCGUAUGGCACCAUUUGCAACUAUGAUCCUGGCUGUACCAGCUGUGCUACUGGAAGGAUCAGGGGUUAUAGAAUGGUUACAUACAUGUCCUUCACUUUCGAAUUCUCUCGUCAUUAUUUUUGGGUCGGGAGUGUUAGCAUUUUGCCUAAACUUUUCUAUCUUUUACGUCAUUCAUUCUACAACCGCUGUCACCUUUAAUGUUGCAGGAAACCUUAAGGUUGCAGUUGCGGUUACAUGUUCAUGGCUCAUUUUUCGGAACCCAAUUUCGGAUUUGAAUGCCAUUGGAUGUGCUAUUACACUAGUUGGAUGUACAUUCUACGGGUACACAAGGCAGAUGCUCUCGCAACAGCAACCAGGGACCCCUCGGAUUCUGAGGGGCUCAACAGAGUUGAGUCCUUUGGUCAACGAAAAAUUAGACAAAUGA